ACAACACGUCUACGGACAACGACCUCGGAAUUAUAAAUUUAUUUUACUUAUUAAAAUCAUAAAGUACUAAAAAAACAUGUUAAGGUAUCGAGGGAAAAAGAACAUUUUGGAAAAAGUAAAGGAAUACGAUGCUUUCCCUAAAGUUCCUGAUGAAUACGUCGCGAGUACCCCGGUAGGAGGAACGUUUUCAGUUAUCACAUUUUUCAUUAUCCUUUGGUUAAUUUAUAGUGAAGUUACGUACUAUUUAGACAGUAAUUUAGUAUUCAAAUUUAUGCCAGACAUAGACAUGGACGAAAAGUUACGAAUAAACAUUGAUAUAACCGUAGCAAUGCCUUGCUCGAACAUCGGUUCUGAUAUCUUGGACUCAACCUCGCAAAGUGUUUUCGGAUUCGGUGAAUUACAAGAGGAAGACACUUGGUUCGAGCUCACAGAAGAACAACAAGACGCGUUUGACGCUAUAAAGUAUAUAAAUUCUUAUUUAAGAGAAGAGUAUCAUUCCGUUUGGCAGCUACUUUGGAAAAAGGGUCAUGGCUCCGUUCGCUCUACUAUACCAGAGCGUAAAACGAAAAUGAACACACGGCCGGAUGCCUGUAGACUUCAUGGAGUUCUGACCUUAAAUAAAGUGGCUGGCAACUUCCACAUAACUGCAGGAAAGAGUCUACAUCUGCCCCGUGGGCAUAUACACUUAAAUAUGCUCUUUGAUGAUACUCCACAGAACUUCAGUCACAGGAUACACCGUCUCAGUUUUGGCAGUCCAACCAAUGGGAUUAUUUACCCUCUAGAAGGUGACGAGAAGAUCACGAAUGAUGAAAAUAUGCUAUAUCAGUAUUUUGUUGAUGUUGUACCAACUGACGUUGACAAUACAUUUGAGACAGUAAAAGCAUAUCAAUAUGCAGUUAAAGAGUUAGAAAGACCCAUAAGUCACGUGAAGGGAUCUCAUGGAGUUCCUGGUAUUUUCUUCAAAUAUGAUAUGGCUGCAUUGAAAGUUAAAGUGUAUCAAGAGAGAGAAAACAUGCUGCAGUUCACGUUAAGACUAUUUUCAGUAAUAGGAGGCAUUUAUGUUAUAAUAGGAUUUAUUAAUGCAAUAGUGUUAACGUUACAAUCAUACUUUGUGACAAAACCAAUUAAAGAUAAAAAACAGUUAGAGGUUAAAACACCUCAAAAUAACUACACAACCAAUGCUUUGUUUGUGGCAACAGAGCUAAGUGUUCCAGUUGAACUUGUAAAACAAUAAUAGAUAGUCAAUUCUUAGUCUUAAGGGAAAUUUAUUGAUGUUUCUUAAUUGUAAAUAAGCAUUUAUUUUUUACAAAGUUGUAACAUAUUAAUUAAUGUACUGGCUGUGUUCACUGUAUACAAUGUUGUUAGUAAAUUUGAAAGAAAAAAAAUCAAUUAGCCUGUACGUCUAAAUCACCACAAAUACAGAGAGAGUUGCACAUAAAU